AUGGCCGGUGGCUUAGCGAUUGCUACAGUAGGCACCAGAUCUGCAGAAUAUCAUGGAGAGCUCAGCUGGCGUGUGUUUCUUGUCUGUAUCGUGGCAUCCAGCGGAGGGCUGCUGUUCGGAUAUGACCUCGGCAUCGCGGGCGGCGUGGCGAGUAUGCACGGAUUCUUGGAGAGGUUUUUCCCGGAAGUCAUACUGCAGAAGCAGGAGGCACUGCAAAGCACGGCGAACAAAGACUACUGUCAAUUUGACAGCCAGACCCUUCAACUUUGGCAAUCAUCGAUGUUCUUGGCAGGGGCUUUUGCAGGAUUGCUGGCAAGUUGGAUCAGCAACCGCUUUGGCAGGAGAUUUACCAUGAUCUGCGGUGGCUUUGCCUUCGUUGUGGGAUCCGUCAUGCAAGCGGCAGCCAAUCACAUAGCACUUUUGGUGAUAGGCCGAGUCGUUCUUGGAGUGGCGAUCGGAUUUGCGACUCAGGCCGUCCCAAUGUAUCUGUCGGAGAUGAGUCCUGCCACAUUGAGGGGCAGCCUCAACAUAUGCUUCCAGCUGGCAACGGCCUUCGGCAUUCUCAUUGCAAAUUGCAUCAACUAUGGCACCAACUUCUUGGGUCCCAAUUUGGGCUGGCGGCUGUCACUGGGCCUCGCAUCUGUGCCCGCGUUUGUGUUCUUUGUGGGAAGCUUGCUGCUGCCCGACACUCCCAACAGCUUGGUCCAGAGAGGCUAUGAGAAGGAGGGACGACAGAUCUUGGAGCUGAUGCGAGGCACCAAAGAGGUUGAGGCUGAGCUGGCGGACAUCAAGGAUGCUGUCAUGGAAUCAAAGAAGCACAAGGGCUCCCUGCGGCUCUUCACACAGCGCCGCCACAUCCCACAGCUGCUAUUUUCCAUCCUCAUUCCUGUCUUCCAGCAGUUCACUGGAAUCAACGCCUUCAUCUUCUAUGCUCCUCAGAUCUUCAUCACAUUGGGCAUGGCACAGACGGCAUCUCUGCUGGGCAUUCUAAUUGUGACCGCCAUCAAUAUUGGUGCAACACUAGUUGCAAUCUACUUGGUCGACAGGGUGGGCCGCAAGAAGCUGUUCUGGGCGGGUGGUGUCCAGAUGAUCUUGGCACAGAUUGCUGCGACCAUUCUAAUGGCCGUGACUUUCAAGCAUGUGUCGCCGCCAAUUUACUCAAUAGUCCUGAUUGAGGUCUUUGUUUGUAUGUUUACUGCUGGCUUUGCCUACUCAUGGGGCCCUCUUGGGUGGCUGGUACCUACUGAGAUACAUACCAUCGAGACAAGAUCUCUUGGGCAAUCAGUGACUGUCUUCACCAACUUUCUGAGCUCCUUCUGCAUAGCUCAAUCAUACCUCAGCAUGAUGUGCAGGCUGGAGUAUGCAACAUUCAUCUUCUUCGCGGGAUGCGUGGCAGUCAUGACCUUGACAGUGGCGUUCCUACUGCCAGAGACGAGAGGGGUGCCCAUUGAGGAGGUCAACUUAAUCUGGGAGGAGCAUCCUGUCUGGAAAAGGGUGGUGGCUCCAAGGGAUACUCUAAAAAGGCAGACAAGCGCCUAUGCACAAGACAUCCACAAGGAGAUCACUCCUUGACCGAGCUCAGCUUGAAGUGUCAGCGGGAUUGCAUCAUGUGUGUACAACCUUGCUGUGUUCAUAGAAGCGCAUCAAUCCGAUGAAGUUCAGGAAAGUGCUUGUGCAGAUGCGCAUGCGCAUGCAUUUGCUGGUGCUGCAGCUGAUGAUAAGGUUGUCCCAAGGCCGCUUCAUCUUGUACACAAGUAAAUUCCCUGCGCAGUUUAUGCAGGAAAGGAACUGUGUGUAGUGCGCUUCUUGCAGAACAUUGCGCGUGCGACCAUGGCUUUGCGUCUGCAUGCUUGUACAGUGAUCAAGUAUCAACCAACAGCGGCAUGUAUGGCUUGACAGGAUGCAAAUGAUGUACAGAUGUGCGCGGAAGGGCAUGAGUUCCUUGAUAAUCUGGGCAGAUAAAUCUUUGUGGUGCACCAACACCAGGUGGUUCACGGAUCUGCCAGUGUGAACCAGUUGCAAGGGUCUUGUAAUUUAAAAUAUGGAU